CUGGGAGGCGUUAGUAGCAUUGCCCAAGACUCCCAGGAGUGGUAGGAAUUGUUUCUGCCUGAGGAGACGCUCUGCAGCCUGGGCUCUGUGAGACUGACGUGGCGGUCAGCUGGAGUGAGUGUUGGGGUCCUGGGGCACCUGCCUUACAUGGCUUGUUUAUGAACAUUAAAGGGAAGAAGUUGAAGCUUGAAGAGCUAGGAUGGCAGUCAACAAAGGCCCCACCUUGCUGGAUGGAGACCUCCCUGAGCAGGAGAAUGUGCUACAGCGGGUCCUGCAGCUGCCGGUGGUGAGUGGCACCUGCGAAUGCUUCCAGAAGACCUAUACCAGCACUAAGGAAGCCCACCCCCUGGUGGCCUCUGUGUGCAAUGCCUAUGAGAAGGGCGUGCAGAGCGCCAGUAACUUGGCUGCCUGGAGCAUGGAGCCGGUGGUGCGCAGGCUGUCCACCCAGUUCACAGCUGCCAAUGAGCUGGCCUGCCGAGGCUUGGACCACCUGGAGGAAAAGAUCCCAGCCCUCCAGUACCCUCCGGAAAAGAUUGCUUCUGAGCUGAAGGACACCAUCUCCACCCGCCUCCGCAGUGCCAGAAACAGCAUCAGCAUUCCCAUCGCGAGCACUUCAGACAAGGUCCUGGGGGCCGCUUUGGCUGGGUGCGAGCUCGCCUGGGGAGUGGCCAGAGACACUGCGGAAUUUGCUGCCAACACUCGAGCUGGCCGACUGGCUUCUGGAGGGGCCGACUUGGCCUUGGGCAGCAUUGAGAAGGUGGUGGAGUACCUCCUCCCUCCAGACAAGGAAGAGUCAGCCCCUGCUCCUGGACACCAGCAAGCCCAGAAGUCUCCUAAGGCCAAGCCGAGCCUCAUGAGCAGGGUUGGGGCUCUGACCAACACCCUCUCUCGACACACCAUGCAGACCAUGGCCCGGGCCCUGGAGCAGGGCCACACCCUGGCUAUGUGGAUCCCAGGAGUGGCGCCCCUGAGCAGCCUGGCCCAGUGGGGUGCCUCAGUGGCCAUGCAGGCGGUGUCCCGGCGGAGGAGUGAAGUGCGGGUGCCCUGGUUACACAGCCUCGCAGCCGCCCAGGAGGAGGAUCAUGAGGACCAGACAGACACGGAGGGAGAGGACGUGGAGGAGGAGGAAGAAUUGGAGACAGAGGAGAACAAGUUCAGUGAGGUAGCAGCCCUGCCAGGCCCUCAAGGGCUCCUGGGCGGUGUGGCACAUAACCUGCAGAAGGCCCUCCAGACCACCAUCUCGGCUGUGACAUGGGCACCUGCAGCUGUGCUGGGCAUGGCAGGGAGGGUGCUGCACCUCACACCAGCUCCUGCUGUCUCCUCGACCAAGGGGAGGGCCAUGUCUCUAUCAGAUGCCCUGAAGGGUGUUACUGACAAUGUGGUGGACACGGUGGUGCAUUAUGUGCCGCUCCCCAGGCUGUCGCUGAUGGAGCCCGAGAGCGAAUUCCGGGACAUCGACAACCCGCCCGCCGAGGUCGAGCGCCGGGAGGCGGAGCGCAGGGCGUCAGCGGCGCCCUCCGCCGGCCCGGAGCCCGCCCCGCGCGCCGCACAGCCCCGCCGCAGCCUGCGGAGCGCGCAGAGCCCCGGCGCGCCCCCCGGCCCGGGCCUGGAGGACAAGGUCGCCACGCCCGCAGCGCCGCGCCCGGCCUUCCCGGCCGUGCCCCGCGAGAAGCCGAAGCGCAGGGUCAGCGACAGCUUCUUCCGGCCCAGCGUCAUGGAGCCCAUCCUGGGCCGCGCGCAGUACAGCCAGCUGCGCAAGAAGAGCUGAGUCGCCGCAUCCGUCGCCGCACCCCGGGCGGGCGGGUUUCUCUAACAAACAGAACCCGCACAGCCCAGGCGAGCGUUGCCGCUUUCAAAAUGGUCCCCUGGGGACCCCAGCCUCAUUCCGAUGAUGCUGCCGAGGCACACGUUUUUUUUUUUUUUUUUUUUUUUUUUUAAGCAUCCUUUUGGGGCUUUACCCUCAGAGCCAGUUUUUAAGGGACACCAGAGCCGCAGCCUGCUCUGAUUCUAUGGCUCGGUUUUUACUAAAAGAGUAAUUGCCUAACUUGAUUUUUCAUCUCUUUAACCAAACUUGUGGCCAAAAGACAUUUGACUGUUUCCAAAAUUCA